UCUUCCCAGGCCCUGGUGAACCCAGACACCCAGUAUCGUUAACCAUUAUCGUUAGAGUGACGUGGGUAAUAAAUAAUGUAAAAAGAUAUCUUAAUUGGUUUAGUCUUUGGGUUUGAGUUCAGAGUUGCGACGUUUAUACGGUGACAAUUAUAUAAGCCCUUUACCGCUACACAUUUCUUCAUUUCAGAAUAUGUCUUCCAAAUCUCGAGUAAAAUUCACAGAUCACCAGCGAAAGAAAUUAAUUCAGUACUACAAAGAUGGUUUGAAAACUACCAACAAAAAUAAUCAUAGCAAAAUUGAAGAGGUUGCGAAAGAAUUGGGUUUGAUGUACAAGAAUGUGAAGAUGUAUUGUAUACCCAGGCUGCAGCUGGAACCAGCACUUUGGGUGAAACUGAAGUGCCUUGAAAAGUGGGUUCGAGAGGCCCUUGAUACUGCAUAUUGCGCUUCCACUGGUAGGGCUCGUUUCCCUUACAGUGAUCACCACAAAGGGAUGGUCACUGUUCAUGGCCUACCCGAUGGACUGCAAAUACCACGCUCCACGGGGAGCAUGGGGAAGGCAAAGAUGGCAGAACUCCUGGCAGUGAUUACGAAUUUAAAGUUUGUGUUAAACAUUUUACAUGACUUAAGAGACAGAGAGACAAUAAACAAGAGCUGAGAUCAACUUGAUGAGCUGUCGUUGUCGUUGGUCUUUCGUUAUGACCUCUAGUAUGCCACAGGUACCGGUGAUGGAUGAUGAAGACACCCUCAGCCUAGAUGAAGAAGGAUCUCUACCAUUGACAAACACCAGUGAAGUUCAACCCAGUGGCAGUGCUACAGCCAUGCUCAAUUACCUUGCGGGAGGUGGGGUUGGAGUUGCUCCAGUUUUACCCUUGCCUAUACCACGACAGCAGUGUUUUCAAAGAAAUCUUCUAUUCAAGUAUAGUCGAGAAGAUCUACAAGCACCGAAAAAGUAAGGGUGUUCUCGAAUAUCGAGUGAAGUGGGUUGGCUAUGAGGGUCCACAAGAUGAUACAUGGGAACCACUCCGCCACCUCACGAGUGAACACUCACAAGCCAUGCUGAGAGAUCAUCGGACUUCUUCAAGUGCCAAAUAAGCCAGUAUACAUGCAGACAUGAUGAGUUGUUUAAUUAUGCGACAAUGUUACUACACAAAAUCGCUUUUCAAAAUCAUUUGUGACAUGUACAUGUAAUGUUGUUUUCUGUAGAUAAAGCAAGAUUUAUUUUUCAAUGAUUACUUCGUGAUAUUUUUGUCAUGGUCUCUGUCAACAUUGAUUACAGUUUUAUGUAUGCAUUGCUGUACAUGAGGCAACUGUCAGUGGAGAAAAGAGCUUUUAGUGCACAACUUCGAAAUAGUUGGCUCAACAGUUCAUGGGAGAACGUCACAACAUGAAAUAAUUUCCUUGUCAGGAAAAGGAUACCUGUGUGUACAUUUAAGGUCUGUUUAGACUCCUGGUGCAAGGAAAGAACCAAAAUCAAACAGUGCUGAAUACUGCCUGCCACUGUCUAC